UUACUACUAUGGAUCCUGACGCCUUCCCGGCGAGCCUGUUCAAGUGGGACCCACGUGGACCAAUGGUGGCUCCGGCGGUGGGCCCGGCGGCUGCGGCGGAGGCGGGGAGUAGAGGAGGAGGAGGGUACUGGGGGGAGCAGCUGGGGGGGCUGGAGGAGCUUUUCCAGGCGUACGGAAUAAGGUACUACACGGCGGCGAAGAUUGCGGAGUUAGGUUUCACGGCGAGCACGCUCGUCAACAUGAGGGACGAGGAGCUCGACGACAUGAUGAGCAGCCUUUCCCAUAUUUUCAGGUGGGACCUACUUGUUGGAGAGAGGUACGGGGUCAAGGCCGCCGUUAGGGCUGAGCGCCGUCGUCUAGAAGUUGACCUACUUUACUACGACGGCGACCGCCGUAUCGCGGCCGCCGACACCCCCACUAACGUUAUUGAUGCUCACUCACAGGAAGGGCUGUCGGAGGAGCCAGUGCAACAAGAGAGAGAGAUGGUGGGGAGCGGCGGAGGAGGAGGAGGAGAGAGAAAGAAGAAGCAGCAGCGGCGGAGCUCGAAGGGCGUGGCCCACAUGAGGAGAAUGUUGAUGUUGGACCCAAACGACAGCAGCGGCAUGAUGAUGCUCGAGGAAAACGACGCCGCUGCGGAAGAUCAAGACGAGGACGAGGAGGAAAACGACGUCGUAAACAACAGCAAUAAUAGUUACAAGGGAAAGCAGUUAGGAAGGAUGAGUAGCUGCGAACGGCAGAGGGAGCACCCUUUCAUCGUGACGGAGCCUGGGGAGGUGGCACGUGGCAAAAAGAACGGUCUGGAUUACCUCUUCCAUCUCUAUGAGCAGUGCCGACAGUUCUUGCUUCAGGUCCAGACUAUUGCCAAGGAACGUGGCGAAAAAUGCCCCACCAAGGUGACAAACGAAGUGUUUAGGUUCGCAAAGAAGGCAGGGGCGAGCCACAUAAAUAAGCCGAAGAUGCGGCACUACGUGCACUGCUACGCCCUGCACUGCCUGGACGAGGAGGGCUCCAACGCCCUGCGGCGGGCCUACAAGGAGCGCGGCGGGCGGCGGGCCUACAAGGAGGGCGGGGAGAAUGUCGGGGCCGGGAGGCAGGCCUGCUACAACCCCCUCGUCGCCAUCGCUGCCCGCCAGGCCGCCUGGGACAUCGACUCCAUCUUCAAUGCCCACCCCCGCCUCUCCAUUUGGUACGUCCCCACCAAGCUCCGCCAGCUCUGCCACGCCGAACGCAACGCCGUCACCACGCCCGCCGCAGCUGCUUCCACCUCUGCUGCCGCUGCUCAUCAUGACCAUCACCAUCUAUCCUUCUAAAUUACACCGUGAAAAUAAAACACAAAAAAACAAAAAAUCAAGGUGUAACUCAAAUUUUCUACGUGAUAUGUUCCCAAUUUUAGUGAUCGAUUUGACUUUUUGCCCAAUA